UUUGCCUCUCCGCUGGCGCUGCAAAACACCGCGGGAACACUGUGGGGAGACCCACGAAGGAAUUCCACAAUUUACUCUCCUUGCCGCCGCCGCCGGCCGAGCCCCAGAGGUGACGCGGAGAAGGGGCCGCCGUGCGCUCUCCUGCUCCAGCCGCCUGCAGGGACCUCCGGGGAGCCAGCGUCCCCCCUCCACUCGGCCCCUCUCCCGCAGGAAGAACGGGACACGCUGGGAGCGGGACGGCCAUGGGCCAGACCCCGCGCCCCUGAGCGCAGCGCAGCAGUCGGGGAGGCCGCCUCUUCAGGCCCGCUCAGGGCCCGCACGUGGUGCUCAGACAAAUCCAAAAUGAGGACGCACCGGCAUCUGCCCUUGGCGGCCGUCUUCUGCCUUUUGCUUUCAGGCUGUCCCCUGACCGGUGGUCAGCAACAACCAGAUGUCACACACGGUGCCGCUGCCGAUGUAGUAUUUCUAGUGGAUCCCUCUUGGAGCUUUGGGAAGGACCAUUUCCGACUCAUCCGUGAGUUUCUGUAUGACGUUAUAAAGUCUUUAGCUGUGGGACAGAGUGAUUUCCGUUUUGCCCUGGUCCAGUUCGACGGCAACCCGCGGACCGAGUUCCGGUUAAACACGUACCGCUCCGCCCGGGAGGUCCUGUCCCAUGUCUCCAACCUGUCCUACACUGGGGGCGGCAAUGAGACCGGAAAAGGAUUAGCGUACGUAAUGCAGAGCCACCUCACGGAGGCCGCCGGCAGCCGGGCCGGGCGCGGAGUCCCGCAGGUUAUCGUAGUGCUGACCGACGGACGCUCGGACGCCCGCCUGGCGCGGCCCUCAGCGGGACUUAAGUCUGCUGACACUGGCGUCUUUGCGAUCGGAGUCGAGGAUGCGGACGAAGGCGCCUUAAGGGAGAUAGCCAGCGAGCCCUUCCAAAUGCAUGUCUUCCGUCUAGAGAAUGCCACCUCACUCCAUGACAUAGUAGGCCGCUUAGUGUCCUCUGUGCACUCGUCCUUGGCUGCAGAGAGGCCUGGAGACACAGGGACCCUUAAAGACAUCACAGCACAAGACUCUGCUGACAUUCUUUUCCUUAUUGAUGGAUCAGACAACACCGGAAGUGUCAAUUUCACAGUCAUUCGGGACUUCCUUGUAAAUCUCCUUGAGAGACUGGCAGUCGGAGCUCAGCAGAUCCGAGUGGGGGUGGUCCAGUAUAGCGAUGAGCCCAGAACCAUGUUCUCCUUGGACGCCUACCCCACCAAGGCUCAGGUUCUGGAUGCAGUCAAGGCCCUGGGGUUCAUUGGCGGGGAGCUGGCCAACGUCGGCUUCGCCCUGGAUUUCGUGGUGGAGAAUCACUUCACCCGGGCAGGGGGCAGCCGAGUGGAAGAAGGGGUUCCCCAGGUGCUGGUCCUCAUAAGUGCCGGCCCUUCUAGUGACGAGAUCCGCGACGGGGUGGUGGCGCUGAAGCAGGCUAGCGUGUUCUGUUUCGUCCUCGGAGCCGAGGCCGCCCCCAGGGCGGAGCUUCAGUACAUAGCCACCAAUGACAACCUGGUGUUUACCGCCCCGGAAUUCCGUAGCUUUGGGGACCUCCAGGAGCAAUUACUGUCGUACAUUGGUGGCGUGGCCCAAAGGCGCAUUGUCUUGCAACCGCCAACCAUUGUCACACAAGUGGUCGAGGUCAACAAGCGGGACAUCGUGUUCCUGGUGGACGGCUCCUCGGCGCUGCCCACGGCCAGCUUCAACGCCAUCCGAGACUUCAUCUUCAGAGUCAUCCAGAGGCUGGAGGUCGGGCCAGAUCUCAUCCAGGUGUCAGUGGCUCAGUUCGCGGACACCGUGAACCCCGAGUUUCACUUCAGCACCUACACCACCAAGAAGGAGGUGGCUGCGGCCGUGCGGAGGAUGAAACCCCUCGGAGGCUCCGCACUGUACAUGGGCUCCGCUCUGGACUUUGUCCGGAACAACCUGUUCACCAGUGGGGCCGGCCACCGGGCCGCCGAGGGCGUCCCGAAGCUCCUGGUGCUGAUAACGGGCGGGAAGUCUCUGGACGACGUCAGCGGGCCGGCCCAGGAGCUGAAGAGGGACAGUAUCCUGUGCUUCGCCGUGGGCAGCAGGGCGGCCGACCAGGCUGAGCUGGCGGACAUGGCCUUCGACACGUCCUUGGUGUUCACCCCGGCCGAGUUCCAGGUCGCGCCCCUGCAGGGCAUGCUGCCCAGCCUGCUGGCACCGCUCAAGACAGUCUCCGGGACCACCACCGAAGUUCACGCAAACCAAAGGGAUCUCCUCUUCCUUUUGGACGGAUCGCUCGGCGUCGGACACAGCAACUUCCCCUACGUGCGAGACUUUGUCAUGAACGUAGUUAACAGCCUUGAUGUUGGAGGCGACAGGAUUCGCGUGGGUGUAGUGCAAUUUAGUGACGCUCCGGUGACGGAGUUCUCCCUAAACACGUACCAGACCAAGGCUGACGUGCUCGCGCACCUGCGGCAGCUGCAGCUGCAGGGGGGGUCGGGCCGGAACCUGGGCUCCGCCCUGCGCUACGUGCGCGCGCACCACUUCACCGAGGCCGGCGGCAGCAGGAUCCGCGCGCACGUCCCGCAGCUGCUGCUCCUGCUUGCGGCCGGCCGGUCCGAGGACUCCUACCUGCACGCCGCCAAUGCGCUGGCCCGCGAGGGCAUCCUGACCUUUUGUGUGGGAACCGAGCAGGUGGAUAAGGCCGAGCUCGAGCAGAUCGCUUUUAACCCGAGCCUGGUGUAUCUCGUGGACGAUUUCAGCUCCCUGCCGGCCCUGCCCCAGCAGCUGAUUCAGCCCCUAACCACGUAUGUCAGUGGGGGUGUGGAGGAAGUCCCGCUGGUCCAGCCAGAAAGCAAGAGAGACAUCCUCUUCCUCUUUGACGGCUCCGCCAAUGUCCUGGGCCAGCUGCAACCCGUCCGUGACUUCCUCUACAAGAUCAUCGACGAGCUGGACGUGAGGCCGGAGGGGACCCGCGUGGCCGUGGCUCAGUACAGCGACGACGUGCGGGUGGACUCGCGCUUCGACCAGCACCAGAAUAAGCCCGAGAUCCUGAACCUGGUGAAGCGGAUGAAGUUCAAGACCGGCAAGCCCCUCAACGUGGGCUACGCCCUGGACUACGCCGCCAGAUACAUCUUUGUGGAGUCCGCCGGGAGCCGCAUCGAGGAGGGCGUGCCUCAGCUCCUGGUGCUGCUGGUGGCGGGGAAGUCGUCCGAUCGCGUGGAAGAGGCGGCGCGGGUUCUGAAAGGCAGGGGGGUGGUGAUUUUCGCGCUGCAGGCCAAGAACGCAGACCCCGCCCAGCUGGAGCUGAUAGUGCUGUCGCCCGCCUUCAUCCUGGCUGCCGAGUCGCUCCCCAAGAUCGGCAACCUUCAGCCCCACGUGGUGAAUCUCUUACAAACAGUGCCGGUCGGGCCGACAGCACCAGUGCCAGCACCAGAGGCGAAGGACGUGGUGUUCCUGCUCGAUGGCUCGGAUGGGGUCCGGAGAGGCUUCUCCCUGCUGAAGGAUUUGGUCCAGCGGGUGGUGGAGAGCCUCGACGUGGGCCCCGACCGCAUGCGUGUGGCCGUGGUGCAGUACAGCGACCGCACCAGGCCCGAGUUCUACCUCAACUCCUACAUGGACCAGCAGAGCGUGGUCAGCGCCGUCCGCGGCCUGGCCCUGCUCGGGGGGCCGGCCCCCAACACCGGCGCCGCCCUGGACUUCGUCCUCAGGAACAUCCUGAUCCGCUCGGCUGGGAGCAGGAUCGAGGAAGGCGUCCCCCAGCUCCUGGUCAUUCUCACGGCCGACAGGUCGGGAGACGAUGUGAGCGGCCCCUCCGCGGACCUGGAGAGGGCCAGGGUGGUGCCCGUCGGCAUUGGCAUCGGCAACGCCGACAUCAGGGAGAUGCGGACCAUCUCCUACAUCCCCGACUUUGCCGUGACCGUCCCCACCUUCGGGGAGCUGGCAAACGUACAGCAGCAGCUGUACGGGAAGAUCCGGCUCAGUAAAGAAGAGCUGAUCCGGUUGAAGGAAACUGUUAUUUCAACAACGCCAGUCCCAGAUGCUGGCAGCAAGAAGGACGUGGUCUUCCUCAUCGACGGGUCCCUGCGCGCCGGCCCCGAGUUCCAGUACAUCCGCACGCUCAUGGAGAGGCUGGUGGACUCCCUGGACGUGGGCUUCGACACCACCAGGGUGGCGGUCAUCCAGUUCGGCGAGGAGCAGCCCAAGGUGGAGUUCCUGCUCAACGCCUACUCCAGCAAGGAGGAGGUGCGGAACGCGGUCCGGCAGCUGCGGCCCCGGGGCGGGAGGCGGGUCGACAUCGGCAGCGCCCUGGAUUUCGUGUCCAAGAGCAUCUUCAAGAGGCCCCUGGGGAGCCGGAUCGAAGAAGGCGUCCCUCAGUUCCUGGUCCUCAUCUCGGCCGGGCAAUCCGGGGACGAGAUGGACGACUCGGCAGUAGAGCUGAAGCGCUCCGGCGUGGCGCCCAUCACCGUGGCCCGGAACAUGGACCCGCGGGAGCUGGUGAAGAUCUCCCUGAGCCCCGAGUACGUGUUCUCGGUGAGCACCUUCCGGGAGCUGCCCCGCCUGGAGCAGAAGCUGCUGACGCCCAUCACGACCCUGACCUCCCAGCAGAUCCGGCAGCUGCUGGCCAGCAUCCCCAGUCCUCCGCCAGCUCUGGAGAGCGACGCAGCCGACGUGGUCUUCCUGGUGGACAGCUCGGAGGGCGUGCAGCCCGAGGGCAUUGCGCACAUCCGGGACUUCAUCAUCAAGAUCGUCCGGAGACUCAACGUGGGCCCCAACAAAGUGAGGGUCGGGCUCGUGCAGUUCAGCAACGAGGUCUUCCCCGAGUUCUACCUGAAGACCCACAAGUCCCCGGCCGCCGUGAUCAGCGCCAUACGCCGCCUGGGGUUCCGGGGCGGGUCCCCGCUCAACACGGGCAAAGCUCUGGAGUUCGUGGCGAGGAAUCUCUUCGUCAAGUCCGCCGGGAGCCGGAUAGAGGACGGGGUGCCCCAGCACCUGGUCCUGUUUCUGGGCGGCAAGUCCCAGGAUGACGUGUCCAGGUUUGCCCAGGUGAUCCGCUCCUCGGGGAUCGUGAGUUUAGGGGUGGGGAGCCGCCACGUGGACAGGACGGAGCUGCAGACCAUCACCGACAACCCCAGACUGGUCUUCACCGUGCAAGAGUUCAGAGACCUCCCCAACCUGGAAGACAGGGUCAUGAGCGCUGUGGGGCCCUCUGGGGUCACGCCGGCCCCUCCGGGGGUGCCGAUGACGCCCCCGCCACGGACAGAACAAAAGAAGGCGGACAUCGUGUUCCUGCUGGAUGGCUCCAUCAACUUCCAGCGGAGCAGCUUCCAGGAGGUGCUGCACUUCGUGGCCGACAUCGUGGACACGGUGUCCGGGCCGGACGACUCCAUCCAGGUGGGGCUGGUCCAGUACAACUCCGACCCCACCGACGAGUUCUUCCUGAAGGACUUCUCCACCAAGCAGCAGAUCAUCGACGCCAUCAACAAGGUGGUCUACAAAGGGGGGCGGCAGGCCAACACCAAGGUGGCCUUGGAGCACCUGCGGCUGAACCACUUCGUGCCGGAGGCCGGCAGCCGCCUGGACCAGCAGGUCUACCAGGUGGCCUUUGUGAUCGCCGGAGGCAGGUCCGUGGAGGACGCGCAGGAGGCCAGCUUGGCGCUCACCCAGAAGGGCGUCAAGGUGUUCGCGGUGGGCCUGGGGAGCGCCGACGCCGUGGAGCUCGGGAAGAUCGCCUCCAACAGUGCCAUGGCCUUCCGCGUGGGCAGCAUCCAGGAGCUGUCGGAGCUGAAGGAGCAGGUGCUGGAAACCCUGGACGCCGCCAUGCAGAAGAACCUGUGUCCGGGGCAGACGGACGUGGCCAGAGCCUGUAACCUGGAUGUGAUCCUGGGGUUCGAUGGCUCAGGAGACCAGAACGUGUUUGUGGCCCAGAGGGGCCUCGAGUCCAAGGUGGAGGCCGUCCUGAACCGCAUCAGCCAGAUGCAGAGACUCAGCUGCAGCGGCGGCCAGAUGCCCGUCGUGCGGGUGUCCGUGGUGGGCACCACGCCCGCGGGCCCCGUGGAGGCCUUCGACUUCGCCGAGUACCAGCCGGAGCUGCUGGAGAAGUUCCAGAACAUGCGCAGCCAGCACCCCUACGUCCUCACGGCGGACACGCUGAAGGCCUACCAGAGCAAGUUCCGGCAGUCCUCGCCGGACAGCGUGAAGGUGGUCAUUCAUUUUACUGACGGGGCGGACGGAGACCUGGACGCUUUACAGAAGGCCUCGGAGGAGCUCCGACAGCAAGGUGUGCAGGCGCUGAUCCUGGUGGGCCUGGAGCGCGCGGCCGACCUGGAGCGGCUGAUGCAGCUGGAGUUCGGGCGAGGGUUCAUGUACAACAGGCCGCUGAGGCUCAACCUGCUGGACCUGGACUACGAGCUCGCGGAGCAGCUGGACAACGUGGCAGAGAAGGCAUGCUGUGGGGUGCCCUGCAAGUGCUCCGGGCAGAGGGGAGACCGCGGACCCAUCGGCAGCAUCGGGCCGAAGGGUAUCCCCGGAGAAGACGGCUACCGCGGCUAUCCCGGGGACGAGGGCGGGCCCGGCGACCGGGGCCCUCCCGGCGUGAACGGCACCCAAGGCUUCCAGGGCUGCCCCGGCCAGAGAGGAAUAAAGGGUUCUCGUGGCUUCCCAGGAGAGAAGGGCGAAUUAGGGGAAAUCGGACUGGACGGUCUCGACGGCGAAGACGGAGACAAGGGGUUGCCUGGUCUUUCCGGAGAGGCCGGGAGUCCCGGGAGAAGGGGUGACAAAGGACCCCGAGGAGACAAAGGAGGAAGAGGAGACAUGGGCAUUCGAGGCGACCCGGGUGACUCAGGACAGGACAGCCAGCAGAAAGGAGUCAAAGGGGAGACCGGGGACAUUGGGCCCAUGGGUCUCCCUGGGAGAGACGGGGCGCCUGGCGGCCCUGGGGAGCCCGGGAAGGACGGCGGCUUUGGCCGGAGGGGCCCAGUGGGAGCCAAGGGCAACAAAGGUGACCCCGGCCUGGCGGGCUCCCAGGGGGAGCAGGGGACCAGAGGGGCGCAGGGCUCGCCUGGCCCCACGGGCCCCCCGGGCCAGAUCGGCGAGCAAGGCACCCCUGGACCCCGGGGGAACGGAGGGCCCCCCGGUGCUCCUGGAGAGCGCGGCAGAAAUGGUCCCCUGGGAAAAAAGGGCGAGCCCGGAGAGCCGGGGCCGAAGGGGGGACUCGGCAGCCCGGGGCCCCGCGGCGAGACGGGGGAGGAUGGCCGAGACGGGAUUGGCAGUGAAGGGCGCAAAGGCAAAAAAGGAGAAAGAGGGUUUCCCGGAUACCCAGGCCCAAAGGGCGUCCCUGGCGAACCAGGAACCGCGGGACCACCAGGACCCAAAGGCAUCAGGGGCCGGAGGGGAAAUUCGGGACCUCCGGGGGCGAUCGGACAGAAGGGGGACCCCGGUUUCCCAGGACCAUCUGGUCCCCGAGGCGACAGAGGCGACUCCAUCGAUAAGUGUGCCCUCGUGCAGAGCAUCAAGGACAAAUGCCCGUGCUGCUACGGGCCCCUGGAGUGCCCCGUCUUCCCGACCGAGCUGGCCUUUGCCCUGGACACCUCGGAGGGCGUCACCCAGGACGCGUUCAGCCGGAUGCGGGACGUGCUGCUGCGCACUGUGGGCGACCUGACCGUCGCCGAGAGCAACUGCCCGCGGGGGGCGCGCGUGGCCGUGGUCACCUACAACAACGAGGUGACCACGGAGAUCCGGUUUGCCGACUCCCGGAAGAAGUCCGUCCUCCUGGACAGGAUCAAGAACCUCCAGGUGGCCCUGACGUCCAAGCAGCAGAGCCUGGAGACCGCCAUGGCCUUCGUGGCCAGGAACACGUUCAAGCGCGUGAGGAGCGGCUUCCUCAUGAGGAGGGUGGCCGUCUUCUUCAGCAACCGGCCCACCAGGGCGUCCCCGCAGCUCAGGGAGGCGGUGCUGAAGCUGUGGGACGCGGGCAUCACGCCGCUGUUCCUCACCAGCCAGGAGGACCGGCAGCUGGCCGGCGCCCUGCAGAUCAACAACACCAAGGUGGGCCACGCGCUCGUCCUGCCCGCCAGGGGGGACCUCACGAACUUCCUCAAGACCGUCCUGACAUGCCACAUCUGCUUGGACAUCUGCAACAUCGACCCGUCCUGCGACCUGGGCAGCUGGAAGCCAGUCUUCAGGGACAGGCGCGCGGCGGGCAGCGACGUGGACAUCGACAUGGCGUUCCUCCUAGACGGCUCCGAGUCCACCUCCCUGCUGCAGUUCAACGAGAUGAAGAAGUACGUCGGGCACCUGGUCAGGCAGCUGGACCUGAGCCCCGACCCCAAGGCCUCCCGGCACUUUGCCAGGGCGGCCGUGGUGCAGCACGGGGUGCCGGAGGCCGUGGGCAAUGCCAGCGCGGCGCCCGUGAAGGUGGAGGUCUCCCUGACUGACUACGGCUCCAAGGACCAGCUGCUGGACGCCCUGGGCGCCAGGAUGGUGCUGCUGCAGGGGACCCAGGCCCUGGGCCGCGCCAUCGACUACACCGUGGAGCACGUGUUCGAGCGAGCGCCCAACCCGCGGGACCUGAAGGUCCUGGUGCUGCUGCUGACGGGCGAGGUGCGGGGGCAGGAGCUGCAGGAGGUCCAGGCGGCCGUCCUGCAGGCCAAGUGCAAGGGCUACUUCUUCGUGGUCCUGGGCAUCGGCAGGAAGGUCAACGUCAAGGAGCUGUACGGCUUCGCCAGCGAGCCCAACGACGUCUUCUUCAAGCUGGUGGACCAGCCCGCCGAGCUGGGCGAGGAGCCCCUGCUCCGCUUCGGCAGGCUGCUGCCCUCCUUCGUCAGCAGCGAAAACGCCUUUUACCUGUCCCCAGAUGUCAAGAAACAGUGUGACUGGUUCCAAGGGGACCAGCCGGCGAAGAAUCCCAUGAAAUUUGGUCACAGACGAGUAAACACUCCGAAUAAUGUUACUUCAAGUCCUGCGUCCAAACCAGUGUUCACCACCAAGCCAGAGGCCACCCUGGAACUGGCGACCGGCACCACCAAACCCGUGGCUGUGGUGCACCUGCCGGCCUCUAAGCCGGCCGCCUCCAGACCCGAGGCUGGGAGGCUGGCUGACGCCAAGCCCGAGGCCACAAAGGUGGCCACGGUCAGAUCCACUGUGGCUGCGAAGCAGGUGGCAGCAGUGAAGCCAGUGGCUGCAAGACCCCCCACCAUUGCCAAACCAGUCGCCACCAAGCCCGAGGCCCCCAAGACCCCACCAGCCAAACCAGUGGCCACCAAGCCCGAGGCCCCCCAGACCCCGCCAGCCAAACCAGUGGCCACCAAGCCUGAGGCCCCCAAGUCCCCGGCAGCUGGACCAGUGGCCACCAAGCCCGAGGCCCCCAAGUCCCCGGCAGCCGGACCAGUGGCCACCAAGCCCGAGGCCCCCAAGUCCCAGGCAGCCGGACCAGUGGCCACCAAGCCCGAGGCCCCCAAGUCCCAGGCAGCCGCACCAGCCGCCACCAAGCCCGUGGCCAAGGCCCUCCGCGAGCUGCGGGUGUCUGAGGUCACCGAGAGCAGCGCCAGGCUCCAUUGGGAGAGGCCGGAGCCGCCCAGCUCUUACUUCUACGACCUCACCAUCACCUCGGCCCACGACCAGUCCCUGGUGCUGAAGCAGAACCUCACGGCCACGGACCGCGUGGUCGGGGGCCUGCGCGCCGGACAGACGUACCACGUGACGGUGGUCUGCUACCUGAGGUCUCAGGUCCGGGCUGUCUACCGAGGAGCUUUCAGUACCAGGAAAACGCAGCCUGCGCCGCCGCAGCCCGCCCGGUCGGCCGCCAGCGCCACCGUGAACCUCAUGGUGAGCACGGAACCGCUGGCCGGCAGUGAAGGAGCAGACAUCUGCAAGCUGCCCAGGGAGGAGGGCACCUGCCGGAAGUUCGUGCUCAAGUGGUACUACGACGCGGAGACCGGCAGCUGCGCCCGCUUCUGGUACGGCGGCUGCGGCGGCAACGAGAACAGGUUCCACUCCCAGGCGGACUGCGAGCGCGUCUGCGCGCCCGUGCACGUGAAACCGGGCGUCGUCGCUGCCCUGGGGACCUAGGGCCGCCGGCCGGGGACGCACACCUCUCGAAGCAGGAGCCAGCCGUCUCCGGGCCGUCCUUGCAGAACCUCCGGGUGCAGCUCCCUGGCGCCGCACCGCCUCCUGCUUUGAUCUACACUCAGACUGGGGAGGGGCCGCCUGCCGCACGACCCGUCCACAUGGUGCUAGCGGGGUGCCUGGCCCCCGCACCCGCGGUCUCCGGCAGUCAGGUCCUGGGCUGCGGACGCCGUGCGGCAGCCACGCACCGCCGGCGCUGCCGCCGACCUGCCGUCACCUCGCACUCCCCCCGGGCUCCACGCCGCGCCUGUUCCGGGCAAACGUGGGGUCUGGGAGGGAACCCCCGCCCCUCACCCCCCACCACGGCUACGCUUCUACUCUCGCUUCCUUCCUCCUCCCCUCUCAGUUUAAGCUCGGCUUCGGAUGGAGACCCCGCGACGGCGACCACACGCGGGCCCCGGCUUCCCCGCGUUGCCCCCGGUGUCCCGGGCUAGAUGGCCAGAGAAGGCUCUUUGCCCACAGCCUCUGGCCCAGGAUCUCGCCAUCUCUGCACGCCGCCCCGGGACCAGUGCUUAGAUCAAAGUGAACAGAAAGUCAUGAGAGAGAGUAUUUUUGGCAUUCCUUUAAUGUGUGGGGUUUUUUUUGUGGGGGGGUGGGGGGAACUAAUUUUAAUUUUAAAAUUUUUAGGAAAUUUAU